CUGAUGUUUGCUGAUUUAAAUGAUUCCCGCAGGGAUCAUAUGCACACACAGGACCAGAACCCACUGAACAAAGGAACUUUUCUGCAACUCAACAUUUGACUUUUACAGCUCAAGAAUGGAACGAGGAUUGAUCCUGUUGGUUGCUGCAUUGGGGGUUUAUGUGGCAUCGGGUGUCCAAGGAACGUCUUACUUGUCAUUUUCCAAUAAUACACAGGUGAACAUCUCUCAAAAUGGUUGUGGAUACACUAAACUGUGUGUGCGGACACCAGGCAAUUGUGAUCCAACUGGAAACACCAGCUGUAUGUUUGCAUCUGUGAUCGCCAGCACCCCAUUAGCACCCAACGGCUCUGCAAUGUCCUUCCAACUCAGCGGAGACUCCGUGGGAUACAUCGCACUGGGACUCACUGUGAAUGCUUCACAGGGUACCACCAUGCUUUUCAUCUGCGCUCAAAACAGCUCCAACAAUGGGAGCUUCUUCUUCCAGACGGUGGAUCAGAACAACACCAACGGCGCUCUCACUCCAGCUGAGAGGGUAACAACAGAAAUCUGGGGUAUCGUAAACGGAAAUGUGAUCAAGUGUAGUUUCAGCGUCCCGAACAUGAUCAGCACCACCUUCUCCAUCCUCCUCGGGACUGGAAAUAUUACUAAUAAUGGUCCCAGCCCCUUCAACGUCUUCCUUAACAGCGGCCUUCUGAACCUCACCAACCCAGCCAGCAACGUCCCCACCACAGCACCACCAGUGGUCAACCCAACAGUGACCAACCCAGCCAGCAACGUCCCCACCAAAGCACCACCAGUGGUCAACCCAACAGUGGCUAGCUCAACAGUGGCCAACACAACAAUGGCCAACACAACAAUGGCCAACACAACAAUGGCCAACACAACAGUGGCCAGCACAACAGUGGCCCGCACAACAGUGGCCAACAGCAUUGGAGCUGCCCAGCCUCACGCCGUGCUGCUCCUGCUGAGUGUCCUCACACUAUCCGUGAUGCUGAGAGCCUGAAAGGAGUAUCGAGUUCCCAGUUUGAUACAACGAAGGCAGAGGAGUGGAGAACUGUCGAGUGUCAAGCUAUUUAUACAUUUUUUUCAUGGGACUUAUUUAAAAAUGUUUUAAGUAUCUUUUGCACAAUGUUUGUACCUGAGAUGUACUUUAGCUGAAACUCCAGUUGUUCAUGUGGCAUUUGUAAAAACGUCCUCGUGGUUUUAAUGACUUAUUUAAUUUGUCUGCAUGGGACUAUUGAAAACAUCUUUGUAAUUCCUGUUUGCACUUGGGUAAACUUUUCUACCGAAAAGCUGCCCAUCUGGUACAACAAGCAGUUUCAGCAAAUGCAUAUUUACUGUACACUUUGGUCUGACGAGUUUUAGCUGUGUACAGAACAUCUUGGCAGUAAACCUCAACGGACAAACAGCCAGCACCCUUCACAGGAAACCCAACCCAACAGUGUGGUUAUGUUUUAAUAUUGACAUGUGAAAUUAUCUGUGACUGUGAACUAUUUGUUGAAGGCACAGCAAAAAAGGUCCACCUGUUCUAAAAUAAUAAAGUUGAAACUAUGGUUUCCUU